CAGACCUUACACCCGUCCGUCUGUAAUGUAAAAGCCUCAGAGUGCUGAUAGUCAACUUAAAAGGGUUUGGAUUGACACGACCCCGGCCUGAAGAUGAGUGACAUUGCUGAGGAAGACAAAGAGAUCUCCUUCGCAGUGAAGUUUCUUGGGCGAGUGGAGGUGGUUCGCUCGGAGGGAGUGCAGAUCCUGGAGGAAGCACUUCAAAGCCUAGAGACACCAAACAUGGACUCCACAGAUAAGGCACAGAAGAAAAGCAAGGUCUACCUUUUCCUGUCCAUGAAUGGGAUAGACAUCUUGGAGAACAAAACCAAGUAUAUGCUGUACUCCUGCCCUCUCUCCAUGGUUUCCUUCUGUGCCGUCCUGCCCUCCUCACCCAAAGUCUUUGGCUUCGUGGCGAAACACCCGGCAGCCGACAUGUACCACUGCUAUCUGUUCCAGAGCAAGGCAUUUUCUCAUGUGCUGGUCUCAAUCAUCGGAGAAGUUUUCCGAGCAUCCAAAAAAGAGGAGAGCAUCAGAAGAGGAGGGAGAGAUCUGAUCGUGGAGGCCCUCAGACAUAAGAAUAAAGUGCUGCAGAGAGAGAAUGCGGAGUUGACGAGGAGGCUGGCUCAACAGGCAAAAUGAGAAAUGGUAACAAUAUUCAUUCCAUCCAUCUCAUGGUUUUCAUUUCAUUGUCUUCAAAAAAACCUACAAGCAGCAUGGUGGAACAAAGAGGGGUGGACAUGUAUGGAAGGAGGAUGAAAGUGGAAGCUUACCAUUAUGGAAAUAAACUAAGCCUCA